CUUCAUAGUCAUAGACUCAGUAGGGACAUAAAUAAAAUUCUAUUCUAUUCUAUUGAACUGCCACUCAGCCUUGCAUUUUUUGACCAACUCCAAUACGGCGAUGCACUCCUGAAUAUUCAAAUGGUAAGCCUUGGGUCGGCCAGGUCAGAAAAUUUACGUUUCUGGAGGUACAAAUCGUUAUCUAAAUAG